GGCUCACCUCCAUAGCUUUCUUUCCCUGCUGCCACCCAAACUUGCUCCGUCUUUGAACCUCUUUUACUUCUGUCCCACUAUCCCGCGACCUACCAGCUCUUUUUCCUGUUUUCACAGACUAGUCCGGCGCCAUGACUACCAGGAAGAGGAAGAACGACGACGAGGAGCUCGUGGCCCUCCCCAGCGACGAGAGCGACGAAGAAGAAGAAUACGCAGAGUCUGAAGGCUCAAACUUUGAUUCAGACGACUCGGACGAGGAAGAGCCACCGCCAAAGAAAAAGGCCAAGCGCACUACCAAAGCCAAAAGCAAAGACGAGGACGGGGAUGAGAGCGAGGAGGAAGAGGCCGAGCUGAGCGCCGAAGACGACGAGGAUGCCGCUUCUGACGACGUCGACGAUGAGGACGACGAGGACGAGGACGACAAGAAGAAAGCAAAGGACGCCAAGCCUGCUGGUGCUGACAAGGACCGCAAAGUCAACAAGACCGGCAAGGACGAGCCUGUACCCGUAGUUGACGAUGACGACGAAGAGUAAAGCCACCGUCCAUCUUGUAAAACGGCAAAUGACAUGCGUGCAAUUCCACAAACUCGUUUUCUCACAUUCAUCCACUUUUGCUUGCACAAACAUUGCCUUGAAGAUUUCUUUGAUAUUCACCAU